CGUGAAGCGUCGCGUCGCGCUGUUCAAACCAAAUUAAUUUUUUGUUUUGAUGUGGUUUCUGUGAUACGAAAAUGGACAAUUUUCAUUUGCAGCCAUCGCAUUCCCACCAAGCCGAUCGUGAGAAAACGGAAAAAAUGAAACUUGCCAGUCAGGUGAAACAUAUUCCUAAAGAUGCUCAGGUUAUAAUGUCAAUUUUAAAGGAACUCGGUGUUACCGACUAUGAGCCAAGGGUCAUCAAUCAGUUGCUUGAGUUUACUUACCGAUAUGUUACCUGUAUUCUUGAUGACGCUAAGGUGUACGCGAACCACGCUAGAAAGAAAAUCAUCGAAUUGGAUGACGUAAAGCUAGCUAGUCAGAUGAUUCUGGACAAGGCAUUUACGAGUCCUCCUCCAAGAGACGUCUUGCUUGAGAUAGCCCGUAACAAAAACAACACCCCAUUACCGCUAAUCAAAACCCAUUGCGGUCUCCGUCUGCCACCGGAUCGUUACUGCCUGUCGGCAUGCAAUUACAAACUAAGGGCGGCGCAGCAGCCUAAAAAGAUGACCAAGUCAGCUAUCGAAGGACGAUCAACAGUUAAAUCGAAUGUCGGUAAAGGGUUCGCUUCCAGCGGCGUGAAACGUCCCCCGGUUCAAUCCACACCGAAAACGCAAAAUGUUUCUAUUCCCAAACCGGUGUUCAAGUUUACCACAACUGCGAAAACGCCUACGAUAAAAUCGGAAAAAGGUAUUGCCGGUAGUUCCAUGGUUGGUACGGAUAUUGGCCCAGGUGUCAUCGAAAUAAAAACCGAAGUGGAAGAUCCGAUGCCGUUUGGUGAUUCGGAAAUUGGCGGUAAACGCAAGCGGGAAGAAGACGAUUUUGAAAUAGUUCAAUAGUUAUUCAUACGAUUUGCAUUUUACUACUAAAUAAACCUACCUAUACUAUAUGAGGAAAA